CCCAUCCCUAUCUCUUCUACUUUCCACAUAUAUUAGAGCAUGCAGUAGAAAUCUUUUCAAAAACAAGAUAACAAACAGAACAAAAUUAAACCCACUUGAUACUGCCAACAAUGGCGACUCCUUGGCCUGAAAAUCUAUCAACCAACAGGGUACGGGUCAUAAAAGUGCUUGCUCAGGGCCAAGAAUCUGCAACCCAUCUUCAAUUACUCCUCAAGAAACCUUAUGGAGAAGAUGUGUUUCUCUUAGCUGAUAAGCUUGUAGUCAAGAUCAUGAGAUCUUUCACUGAAGCUCUUUCCCUGUUAACUUCUAGUGAUUUUGUUGAGAUUCUUCAGAACCAGACAACUUCACAAGUGGACUCAGUUUGUUGUGAUGACCGGAGAUCUCGAGAUUCCGGAGAGAGCAAGAAGAGGCCAACUGCCAAGGAUAGGAGGGGUUGCUACAAGAGAAAGAAGACUUCCCAGUCAUUCAUAACAGCCUCAUCUACAAUAGAAGAUGGUUAUGCAUGGAGAAAAUAUGGGCAAAAGGAGAUCCUCAAUGCUAAAUACCCAAGGAGCUACUUUAGGUGCACCCACAAGUAUGAUCAUGGAUGCAAGGCAACAAAGCAAGUCCAGAGAAUGGAAGAAGAUCCACAAAUGUACAGAACAACUUAUAUUGGUCAUCAUACCUGCAGAGAUAUUCUCAAGGCUCCACAAAUCAUUGCAACACCAGAUUCUGUUUCUGAUCCUUGGGAAUCUUAUAUGCUUACUUCCGAUUCAAACAUUCCUACCCAAUUGGAUCAUCAACGCACCACAAUUAAGCAAGAACAUAAGGAAGAAACCCCACUAAGUGAUCUAACAGAUAAUCUUUCAUCUUUGGACCCUAUCAUGUGGAAGGAUCUUGUAUCAUUUGAAUCAUCAGCUGAGCCUGCUGCUGAUCAUUACAGAGCAGUAGCUUCUACUACAAUGUGUACGGAGGCUACUUCUCAAAGUGAUGACAUGGAUUUAGUGGUGAAAUCCAUUGAUUUUGAUAGUGAUUUUCAGUUUGAUGAAAGUGAAUUCAACUACUUAAGCUAAGGUAUAGAAAGCUGUAGGUUUUCCCCUGCUGUAUAGAUGUCAACCUUCAAGAAUUACCUUCUUUCCUGUACCAUGUAAUCUAGUUUUGUGGAAUAAUUAUUAAUUAGCAUA